AUGUCUAACUACUCCACAACUGAGUUGAAAAUGUCAACUGUGGAUGAGGAGAACGAGUCUCACUUCAGCGGGGAAGAUGUACGUAGGAACUUCCUAAGCCAUUUUCACAAGGAGCUCCAACUUAAAGGAAUUAUUGCCUUUAGAGAUGAUGGAAUCAAGAGAAGUCGGUCCAUAUGGCCUGAGAUUCAACAAGCUAUAUGGGAAUCAAAGAUUUCCAUUGUCAUUCUCUCGAGGAACUACGCUGGUUCUAGCUGGUGCUUGAACGAGUUGCUAGAGAUCAUGGAGUGCAGAGAAGUCAGGGGACAAACAUUGAUGCCGGUUUUCUAUGAAGUGGAUCCAUCUGAUGUAAGAAAACAAAAAGGAGAUUUCGGUAAAGCCUUUGAGAAAACUUGUGUGGGAAGGACAGAGGAAGAGAGGCAGAGAUGGGAGCGAGCUUUAACAAAUGUUGCUAAUAUCUUUGGCCAGUGUUCUGCAAAAUGGGACAAUGAAGCGAGAAUGAUCGAAAAGAUUGUUGCAGAUGUUUUGGAAAUGCUUAAUCGCACACCUUCAAAGGAUUUUGAUGGUCUUGUUGGAUUGGAAGCUCAUGUCGGGAAGUUGAGUUCAAUGUUAUGUCUAGAGUCUAAUGAAGUGAAGAUGAUUGGGAUUUGGGGUCCUAAAGGAAUUGGUAAGACCACUAUCGCGAGAGCUUUAUACAAUCAACUUACUUCUUCUAAUGAUGACUUCCAAUUGAAUAUUUUCAUGGAUAAUAUUAAGGGGAGUUAUAGGAAAACGAAAAUCAGUGGUUAUGGCUUGAAGUUGCAUUUACAAGAAAUAUUUCUCUCUCAAAUUUUCAACCAUAGAAAUGUAAAGAUUACCCAUUUAGGCGUAGCACAAGAAAGGCUAAGGAACCAGAAAGCAUUGAUUGUUCUUGACGAUGUAGAUGAAUUAGAACAACUAAAUGCCUUGGCAGAUCAAACCGAGUGGUUUGGUAGUGGAACUAGGAUUAUUGUUACUACAGAGGAUAAACAGCUUUUGAAGGCUCAUGGGAUUAAUCAUGUAUAUGAAGUGGGCUUUCCAUCUAAAGGUGAAGCCUUUGAGAUAUUUUGUCAAUAUGCUUUCAAAAAAGCUUCCGCACCAGAAGGCUACUAUGAUCUGGCUGUUGAAGUUGCAGAACUUUCUGGAAAUCUACCUUUAGGUCUUAGCAUUUUAGGUGCAUCUUUGCGAGGGAUGACCAAGGAGGAAUGGAUAAAUGCACUACCGAGGCUUAGAACCAGUUUUAAUGGGAAAAUUGAGAAACUAUUAGGAGCGUGCUAUGAUGAGUUAGAGGAGAAAGAUAAGGCUCUCUUUCUUCAUAUUGCGUGCUUGUUUAACGGUGAAAAGGUCGAUAAUCUGAAGCAUUUGCUAGCUAAGAGUGCAUUGGAUGCAGAAUUUGGACUGAAAGUCCUUGUUGACAGAUCUCUUAUACAUAUCUAUGAUGAUGGACAUAUAGUGAUGCACUGUUUGCUACAACAAAUGGGUAGAGAAAUUAUUCGAGAACAAUGUAUCGACCAGCCCGGGAAACGUAAAUUUCUAGUGGAUGCUAAGGAGAUCACUGAAGUACUUGCAGAUGAAACAGGUACAGAAACUGUUUUAGGCAUAUCCUUAGAUAUGUCUGAAAUCGAUGAAGAAGUGUGUGUAAGUGAAAUGGCUUUUGGGAAAAUGCCUAAUCUUCAAUUCCUGAGGCUAUACAAUAAUUUUCAAGAUGAAUCAUUCAAGUUGUGCUUACCACACGGCUUAGAUUGUCUACCAAGUAAACUUAGGUUAUUACAUUGGGAUUCAUAUCCGAUAAAAUGUAUUCCUUCUAACUUUCGUCCUGAGUUUCUCGUUGAACUUAGUAUGCGAGAUAGCAAGCUUGAAAAGCUUUGGGAAGGUAUCCAGCCAUUAACAAGUCUCAAGAAAAUGGAUUUGAUCGCAUCUAAAAUGAUUAAAGACAUUCCAAAUCUCUCCAGAGCAACAAAUCUAGAGAGUUUGUAUCUUAGAUUCUGCAAAAGUUUGGUCAAUGUUCCAUCUUCUCUCGAAAGCCUUAAUAAGCUCAAAGUCUUGGACAUGUCUUCUUGCAUAAGACUAAACGCUCUUCCGACCAACAUGAAUUUGGAAUCUCUUAGUGUCCUUAACAUGAAAGGAUGCUUCAAGUUGAAGAGUUUUCCAGAGAUCUCAAGUCAAGUCAAGUUCUUGUCUGUUGGGGAAACCGCGAUAGAGGAAGUGCCUUCAUCGAUCAGUCUCUGGCCUCAACUUAUUUCGUUGGAAAUGUCAGGAUGUAAGAAACUAAAGAUAUUCCCAAAGCUACCAGCAAGUGUAGAGAUCUUGGAUUUGAGCAGGACAGGAAUAGAAGUGAUCCCCUGGUGGAUCGAGAACGCGUCUCAACUUCUUAUAAUGUGCAUGGCGGAUUGUAAGAAUCUGAGAAGUAUAUCAUCAAGCAUCUAUAAUCUGAAACAUCUUGAACAAGUCGAUUUGUCAGGCUGUGAACUUCCCCCUCAGUUUCCUUGCAGAGGACAAAGUCGAGCGAAGAGUGUUAAUUUGAGAGGUAAGUCUCGGAGGACUGCAGAAAAGGGAACACAUGACAUAGCUAGAAUCUCAACCAAGAAGAGCAGUGACAUGGAUGAAAAAUCUCUUCUUUUACUUACUCUGCGUUACAAUAGUGCGGGCAUCAAUCUGUGUGACCUCCACUAA